AUGGCAAUAUUAGCAUAUUACCUAGAAAAGAAGCAAUUGGAGUCGUCAUCUGUCCCUCUAGCAAGGGUUUUGGGUCUCUCUUUAGAGCUUUCCCGUUUCCCUUUUUCCACAGCCGCCAUAAUCGCAUCCCCAUCCGGCGUCGGAGAUCAGUCAGCCGUCGACGCUCCCACCGGCGUCAGCCGCUACACCGUCCACCAUGCCGCCCGCCUCCACAAGCCCAAUCGCAUCCACAUCUCGCUGCCGCCACAGCCCAAUUGGUCCCGUCGUCGCUGUAGCCACAGUCCAUUUCCCGUCUUAGCAAUGCCGCAGGCCGUUCAUGCCCCCAUCAACGACGAACUGAACGGAUGCCGCCGGAGAAGCGAAGGUGAUGGUCGUCGACGUCUCCUUCCGCUCGAUCUUCCCCGACCCGAAUUUAAGAGCUCUCUUGCAGUGGCCGACAUCGAUCUGAAAUUGAGAGCAGGUUGA